ACAGCCAAGCUGGCCACAGCCGUGGAGGGCUUUGAGACGGAGCAGCAGAAGCAGCAGCAGAGCUACUUCGUGCGCCUGGGCUCCCUCUCUACCAAGCUGCGGCACCGAGCCCUCCAGCACUCGCUGGGCAAGCUGCAGAGCGCCCGCAGCAGGAGCCAGGACCUGCUGGCCAAGGGCCACCAGGUGGAGCAUCUCAAGCAGGGCAUGGACCAGAAGCUGCAGGGAGGGCAGGAGAAGCUGCAGCAGAUGUGGCUGGAGUGGAGCAAGAAGCAGCCAGGUGGUGGCAAGGACCUGGUGCCACCAGAGGCAGUGGAGUCCGGCACCUUGGCCCUGCUGCAGGGCUUGACACAGCAGCUCCAGAGCUCCUGCCAGCCCUUGCUCUCCAGCCUCCAGGGCCUCCCCGCCAGCAUCCAAGACAAGGCGGGACAGGUCAGGCACAAUGUGGAGGAGCUGCGGGUGGCCCUCUCCUCCGCCUCCUCCCUCCAGGAUGUGACAGCCACCGUCCUGGCCCAAGCCCGUGCCCGGGCCACCAAAGCGCGGCAGCUGAUGGACGAGCUGGUGGAGCACGUGGCCCACAACACCCCCCUGACCUGGCUGGUGGGACCCUUCGCCCCCUCGGGCCAGCGCCUGGUAGAGCUGGAGACCAAGUAG